UAACUUGUAAGUAGUCUAGUACUAGUAGAAAACAAUCAAGUCAAAGGGAAGAAGAGUUUGUUUUUAGUCACACAACUGGCUCCAAAUUCGACGGUGCUGAGGACACUUGCUCCAAAAAAGAUAAAAUAAAUAAAGUAUCGAAUAUUCCUCUUCAUUUAUAUGAGCAGCAGCAUCAGUUUGGGGUUUUGUGAAGAAUGGUGGAAUUCUGGAGCAAGAAGACGCUAAUCGGUCUUGUAUUGGGACAGAUUUUAUCGCUUUUGAUCACUUCCACCGGUUUUUCAUCAUCUGAAUUGGCUAGGAGAGGAAUUAAUGCUCCAACUUCCCAGUCUUUGUUUAAUUACGUGCUCUUGGCGCUAGUCUAUGGAUGCAUUCUCAUUUACAGGAGAAAGCCUCUCAAGUCAAAGUGGUACUUCUAUGUACUUCUAGGAUUGGUCGAUGUUGAAGCCAAUUAUCUUGUCGUAAAGGCAUACCAGUACACAUCCUUAACAAGUGUCAUGCUUCUGGAUUGUUGGUCAAUCCCGUGCGUUAUACUUCUCACCUGGCUUUUCUUGAAGACUAAAUAUAAAUUCCGGAAAUAUGUUGGUGUUGCUAUCUGUGUGGCCGGUCUAGUCUUGGUUAUUUUCUCAGACGUACAUGCAUCAGAUCGUACAAGUGGGAGCAGUCCUUUGAAGGGGGAUGUGUUGGUGAUUGCGGGUUCUAUGCUUUACGCUAUCAGUAAUGUCAGUGAGGAAUUUUUUGUAAAAAAUGCCGACAGAGUGGAACUAAUGGCAAUGCUGGGCCUUUUUGGUGCUAUUGUCAGUGCUAUUCAGAUAUGUGUAUUGGAGCGCACUGAGCUGAAAAACAUCCACUGGUCAUCUGGGGUGGCAUUCCCAUUCACUGGAUUUGCGCUUGCAAUGUUUUUAUUUUAUUCUGGAGUACCUGUUCUGCUGAAGAUUAGUGGAUCAACAAUGCUGAACUUGUCUUUGCUGACAUCAGACAUGUGGUCUGUCUUGAUUCGCAUAUUUGCAUACCAUGAGAAGGUUGAUUGGAUGUACUUCAUAGCCUUCGCCGCUGUUGUUGGAGGUCUAGUUGUAUAUUCAGGGGGUGAUAAGGAAGUGGAACAGAACUCUGCUGAGGUUACUGAUGAAAAUGCAGAACAAAGCAAACAUCUUGACGAGGUAAGUGGCUUGAUGAAUAGCAGUAAAAUGGGGAUGCCAAGGAGCUCUAAAUCAGUAGAUGCUUCAACCAGCAGAGGAUAUGUAUAGCACAUAGUAGAAUAUCAUUUUUUUUGUGGGGGGGUUGGAGGGGAAGGGGAGGAUUUUAUGUAUUAAAAUGAUCAGAUAUUUUUAAUAAACUACACAGGAAGAAACAAAUAACCAUCGGGUCUUCCUUGAAUAUAGCAGCAACCCACCAACCAGUCUGACCCUCAGAGGCAUGCAAGACAAAAUUUAGAAGUAGAAAAAUGUAUUAUUCCCAGUUAAACUCGUAGUUGUGGGUUAAAGGACGGAGGAUAGCAAAGAACACGGGGGUAUAGUUUGAUCAACAGAUACCGGCCUAUGUAAAACAAAUUGCUUACUGCUAUCGUGCCGCGAGGGGUGGGGGUUGUUUUUGGUAUCGAACAAACUGUGAAAUUUUAGUCGGAAUCAAAAUAUAGGAUUAACCAUCUUUUGCCCCUCGUUAGUAUACGAUUGAACCCGUAUAUUUUAACUGUCAAGGUAUUUGAAGUUUGAACCCAUAUUUUGGGCCUUAAGAUGCGGUAUAUGUAGUUAUUUACUCUUAUAUUUUUUAA